GAAUCUUUGGCCUCGCUACCCGAGGUCGGGGCGCUGCGGGUACGCGCGCGCCGACCUCUGACGCGUUCUAAUCUGCGCGCCUGCCUUUCCGGGCUUCGUCGGCGCGCACCAAUUUCCGCAUCCGGCUCCGGACGCUUCCGGUCUUAGCUGGGCUCAUGUAGGAGGGUGUGCUACAGACUUCCACAUGUUGGACAGUAGGAUUCAGCAGAGAAUGAGUCCCACAUCCUCUUUUCAUCCAUAAGCCACUCUUGGCAACUGCUCUUCCACCUCCCAUUGUCCCUAUGUCUACUUUACUGCUCAAUCUGGAUUUUGGGGAACCUCCUCCUAAAAAGGCAUUAGAAGGAAAUGCCAAGCACCGAAAUUUUGUCAAGAAGAGGAGGCUGUUAGAACAGAGAGGCUUUCUGAGUAAAAAAACCCGGCCCCCUAGCAAGGCGCCUAAGUUACACUCUGAACCUCCAAAGAAAGGGGAAACUCCUAGGGUGGAUGGCACUUGGAAGACCCCUUCUUUCCCAAAAAAGAAGACAACUGCCUCCAGCAAUGGGUCAGGAGAGACCCUGGACAAGAAAGCUGCAGUGUCUUGGGUGACCCCUGCCCCUUCAAAGAAGGCCGAUUCUGUCGCUGCUAAAGUAGAUUUGCUGGGGGAGUUCCAGAGUGCCCUUCCAAAGAUCAGCAGCCACCCAACCCACUCCCAGAAGAAGGGCCUCCAGAAGAAAUCCUCUAAGAAGAAUCAUCCUCAGAAGAAUGCCCCACAGAACUCCACCCAGUCUCAUUCAGAGAAUAAAUGCUCCAGAGCAUUCCAGAAGUUGCCACAGAAGAUGGUGGCAAUUGACUGUGAGAUGGUGGGCACAGGACCCAAGGGGCAUGUUAGUUCCUUGGCUAGAUGUAGCAUUGUCAACUACGACGGAGAUGUGCUUUAUGAUGAGUACAUCCUUCCCCCCUGCCAAAUUGUGGACUACCGGACCAGAUGGAGUGGUAUCCGGAAGCAGCACAUGGUGAAUGCGACACCCUUUAAGAUUGCCCGAGGCCAGAUCUUGAAGAUACUCACCGGGAAGAUAGUGGUGGGACAUGCCAUCCACAACGACUUCAAAGCCCUUCAGUAUUUUCACCCCAAGUCCCUCACCCGUGACACCUCCCAUAUCCCCCCACUCAACCGGAAGGCCGACUGCCCGGAGAAUGCCACCGUGUCUCUGAAGCUUCUCACCAAGAAGCUGCUAAACCGGGAUAUCCAGGCUGGGAAGAGUGGACAUUCCUCUGUGGAAGAUGCCCAGGCCACCAUGGAGCUGUACAAGUUGGUUGAAGUUGAGUGGGAAGAGCACCUGGUCCAGAAUCCCCCUAAAGACUAGCAGCAGUGGGGAUGCUGGUGAUGUGGGGAGGCAGAGGCAGUGCCCAGGAGAAACAGCAGCGGACCAGUGACAGCUCCACCAGCUCCUCAUCUUUGGAAGCUAGAAUUGUGGGGAGAGCGCUACCCCAGACUUAAUAUCCAUGGAAAUUUCACCUCA